CCCUGUUGUUUACACACGUGAAAGGUUAUAGGUUAUCGUUAGAUGAUUGUUGAAAAACAAAUUCAAGGUACCUAUUAUGUUGUUUUUGUCGAGUCAAGACUAAUUCGAUUUCCACAAUGUCGUGUAUAAAUAUAGCUAAAAAGGCUGCAGCUCGUGCCGCUGUCGAUCGUCACGUGAAAUCGGGAAAUAUUAUAGGCAUUGGAAGUGGUUCAACAGUUGUAUUCGCAGUGGAGCGAUUAGCUGAACGUGUCAGUAAAGAAGCAUUGAAGGUGAAAUGUGUUCCUACAUCCUUCCAAGCGAGGCAACUUGUUAUACAACACAAUCUACCCCUCACCGACUUAGAAAUCCAUCCUGAGUUGGAUAUAUGUAUCGAUGGAGCUGAUGAAGUAGAUUCUCAAAUGAAUCUCAUUAAAGGCGGCGGUGGAUGUCUGCUGCAGGAAAAAAUCGUCGCCAGUUGUUCUAAGAAAUUGGUCAUCAUAGCCGAUUAUACUAAAGACUCACAAAAACUUGGAGAUCAGUACAAAAAAGGCAUUCCUAUCGAAGUGUCUCCAAUUGCUUUUGUACCUAUUCAGAAUAGAAUUCAAAAAUUAUAUGGAGGAAAAGUUGAAUUACGCAUGGCUGUUAACAAAGCUGGCCCGGUUAUUACCGAUAGUGGUAAUUUCAUACUAGACUGGAGGGAAUUUAACCAGGACAUUAACUGGAAUGAAAUUAAUACAGAACUGUUACUAAUGCCAGGCAUUGUAGAUACUGGACUUUUUAUACAAAUGGCCUCAAUAUCCUACUUUGGUCUCGCUGAUGGGUCUUUUAAGAGCCGUGAAUGUUUGUAACAUUUUUAACGUGAAUUUGUUUGAGGACACUACAGAUCCUAUAUUGUUCACUUGAAUUUUAUAAAAUCAUACAAAUUACAUUCUGAAAUUGA